CAGCAGCGGCGCGCUCUACGAUCCUCGUCUCCGCUAUAAAAGCCGCUCCCGUGGUGCGUGUUAACGUCACAAAUCGUUCGUACUUUGUCUCCAGUGCUUUUUGCAUCCUAGGUCCCUUAACGAUGUCUGGACGCGGCAAGACCGGUGGCAAAUCUCGCGCCAAGGCAAAGUCCCGCUCUUCCCGCGCCGGCCUGCAGUUCCCCGUGGGUCGCGUUCACAGGCUGCUCCGCAAGGGCAAUUACGCCCAGCGGGUCGGCGCUGGAGCACCUGUCUACCUGGCCGCCGUGCUCGAGUACCUUUCUGCCGAGAUCCUCGAGCUGGCUGGCAAUGCCGCCCGCGACAACAAGAAGACGAGGAUCAUCCCCCGACACCUGCAGCUCGCCGUGCGAAACGACGAGGAGCUCAACAAGCUCAUGGGCGGCGUGACUAUCGCCCAGGGCGGUGUGCUGCCCAACAUCCAGGCCGUGCUGCUGCCCAAGAAGACCUCUCAGGCAAAGAAGUGAACGCGCCGCCGCCUCUACCACCACAACAACGGCUCUUUUCAGAGCCACCCACUUGCUUGCAAAGAGCUCGGACAGUCGUGCACAGGGGUUUUGUUAUUAAUAAGGACACCUCGAUUUAAAGCUUUCGUGACUGCAGGGAUUCAUCUUCUUGGUUCUUUCGGUAA